AUGUCUCCCCGAGAAGACUCUCCACCAGCCUCGGCCAAAAGCGGAACUUCUCAGCCACAAAGGGCAAACGCGUCGGAGCCCGCACCAAAGAGACGCCGAGUCGCUUUAGCUUGUUCGGCGUGCAGAAUCCGCAAAUCACGCUGUAAUGGGUUACGACCAAGAUGUGACACGUGCGAGAAGCUUGGAUUCGAUUGUUCAUAUGAACAGCAAGAAACCUCAGCUAAUCUUCUAGUCCCAAAAGAUAUCUUUGCUGCAUUGGAGGCCAAAGUCAAGCUUUUAGAAACAAAUAUCGAACAGCAUAAUGGUAGACUGAAUUUGGUUGAGAGUACACUAAAAAACUCGGGAAGCUCACGUCAAGAUGUUGUGCUUCCGCUUCAUCAUCAACCAGGUGACGUGGUGGUCAACAUUGAUGAGAUGCGGGAGAGUAGUGUUGGCCAAAGUAUGACUGAUGGCAUGGCUGUCUCUUUUGUAGACGAGCAAGACUGUGGUUUCUUCGGCCCGUCGUCCAACAUCGCGCUCAUGCGGCACAUACUGCGAGCCGUCGAUACAAAAAGGACACAGCACUGCAACCAAACUUCAUUAACGCCAGCUUCAGAGUACAGUGCCUAUGAAGGUGGUCUAGUGAGCAAUUCGAACGCGUUCACGGCAGCCUCAAGUGAGUCCCAUAAGGCGGGCGCCAAUCUCCUACCACCAGAUGAGGUCAUGCAACGUCUCACCCGUGCCUACUUUGACAACACCGGGCUCUUGUUUCCGUAUAUACACGAACAAGAGUUUCUCGACACUUAUGAGCGAUUCCGAGCAAGCGGUUUCCGAGGUAAUGUUCGCCGUACCUGGCUCGGCCUGCUGAAUAUGAUUCUUGCAAUGGCGACUUGUACCUCUUGCUGGGAGGACUCGGGAAGUGAGAGUCACUUUGAGGAGUCUGAUGUCUAUUACCGCAGGGCCCAAGAACUUUGCCAAACACAGAUGUUUAGGGGUACUACUCUUGAAACAGUCCAAUAUCUCUUACUUACGAGCCAAUAUCUUCAGGGCACGCAUAAGUCUGUUCACACAUGGACCAUUCAUGGUCUUGCUGUCAAAGCUGCCAUGUCCAUUGGACUUCACUCAAGAGACAUUGCGUCCAAGUUUACUCCUCUCCAACAAGAAAUACGAAAACGCACAUGGUAUGGCUGCAUUUUGCUUGAUAGAAGCCUCAGCUUGACCUUUGGGCGCCCAUGUGCUAUACCAGAAGAGUACAUUCGCUUGGACCUUCCGAAGGCAUUACCAACAACGAUGUCAGCUUCUGAUGAAGUCCAUCAGAUGAGCACUGCGUUCUACAACGCCUCUAUAAUUAUGGGCAGAAUAAUUGGCUCUCUUUAUGGCAAUAACCUUGGAUGUGAAGACCAAUCGUCAGAUACAGCCACAAUGACAUCUAUGAUUCAGUUCGGCCAGGAACUAUCAGACUGGCAAAACGGUUUGCCUCAGCAUAUGGCUUUACGGUCUGUUGAUAAUAUGCCCCAGAAUACCGAUGAGGAUGUCAACGAUCCAUUACGCGAAAGGUUCAGAAUCAUUCUGACACUCAGAUACCUCAACGUUCAACUGCUCCUUCAUCGCCCAAUUUUCAUUCGGUCUUUAGGUACUCUGCUUAAAGGCUCUAAAACGCCAUAUCGCAACGCGGGAUCCAUUAACAGUAUGCAUGCCAACUUCGACAGAGUCUUCGUUCAAGUGGCCGAAAACAUCAUAGACAUUAUCUACGCCAUAUUGACGAGGCCUGAUCAUGGACGCCAUCUGAUCGGAGCCUGGUGGUUCACUCUCUACUAUGCCUUCAGUGCAGCUUUGGCGAUCUUUGGUAGUCUGUUGAUAUCGCUCGAUGCCGAGGCUGGAAAUGCUGGCCGCCUUGAAAGCGCUAAACGAUAUCUUGGCAAGACUUGUGAAGCUCUUUUGAAACUCAGCGACCAUAACGCUCUUGUUUUACGCUGCGUCAAAUUUGUCCAGCAGCUGCUCCGGAUUGUGAAUGCUUGGGAUACAAACACCACCAAAACGGCGGAACCUAACGGAGAAUCUCUGGAAUCGUACUUGACGGCGGAAGGAGGUGCUAUUAAUUUUGACAUUGAGUCCGAUUUGCUAUCAACUAUGCCAACAUGGGAGACAUCAACGCUCGGUUUUGGCGAUGAGCUUGAGCUGGGUCAUUUCUUUGCUAGCGAUUCCCAACGGUGGUUUGAACAGACACAAUGGUAA